AUGCCACCGCAAAAAAAACGUACUAAUACAACUGUGGCGUGUACAAAACGUACUAAUACAACCGUGGCGUGUACAAAUUGUCGAAAACGACAUGAAAAAUGUAAUAAACCUUCUGGAGAAGAUAAAUGUACAAACUGUAAUAAAAGAAAUCUAGAUUGUACUUUAAUAGAGGGUAAUAAGCGCGGUCCAAAGUCUGCUGCUGAUGCAUACCAAAAUACAUUCAUGUCCAAUUCUUCCUUCAUUCACGAUGAAUACACGUCAAAUAAUGAUCAAAACAUUAUGUCUUCUCUUAAUUUCUCCCCUAAUUCAUUUUCUGCUAAUGAUUCUUUAUCACAUCUUUAUAAUCAUAGUAAUACUACUGUUAUUAAUGAUAACGCUUAUGAGACUACUGAGGCUACCGAGACUAUUGAAAUUUUCCAGAAUACUCAACCUCCGUUAUAUUCUCAUGACUAUGAUCAGAAUAUAUCUUCCUUUUCAACUAACGAUUUAAAUGGUUCCUUCCAUAUUGACCCUCUUGAUGAGGCAACUGAAUCAUCCCAAAAUUGCAACCGAUUAGCUCAAAAUGUGUAG